AUGAUGCGGCCGCAGCUGUUUCGUGCGGCCGCCCGGUCUCUCCGGGUUCCUAAGGUCACCCCCAGGACCUUUGCGACGACAGCCCCUCGCGCGGCCGAGGUGGAACUCACCAUUGAUGGAAAGAAGGUGUCGGUAGAAGCUGGUUCGGCUCUUAUUCAGGCCUGUGAGAAAGCAGGCGCAACAGUCCCUAGAUAUUGUUAUCAUGAAAAACUUUUGGUUGCAGGAAACUGUCGUAUGUGCCUUGUCGAAGUCGAACGUGCCCCGAAGCCGGUGGCCUCCUGUGCUUGGCCGGUACAGCCCGGCAUGGUGGUCAAGACGAAUUCACCACUAGUCCACAAGGCAAGGGAGGGUGUUAUGGAAUUCCUUCUCGCCAAUCAUCCUCUCGACUGCCCUGUCUGCGACCAAGGAGGAGAGUGUGAUCUUCAAGACCAGUCGAUGCGUUACGGCGCCGAUCGUGGUCGAUUCCACGAAACUGGAGGAAAGCGUGCCGUGGAGGAUAAGAACAUCGGGCCCCUAGUCAAGACCUCGAUGAAUCGAUGCAUCCACUGUACUCGUUGUGUUCGGUUCAUGAACGAUGUUGCCGGUGCCCCAGAACUAGGUACCGCCGGUCGUGGAAACGACAUGCAGAUUGGAACCUACCUGGAGCAGAACCUCAGCUCAGAACUUUCGGGCAACGUCAUUGACCUUUGCCCCGUCGGCGCACUUACUUCGAAGCCCUAUGCAUUCAGAGCACGUCCUUGGGAACUCAAACACACCGAAUCGAUUGACGUCCUCGACGCUCUUGGCUCUAAUAUCCGAAUUGACAGUAGAGGGUUGGAAGUGAUGCGGGUCGUUCCGCGGCUGAAUGAUGAUAUCAACGAGGAAUGGAUCAAUGAUAAGUCACGGUUCGCGUGCGAUGGGCUGAAGACCCAGCGUCUCACGACGCCGCUCAUUCGCAGGGAGGGAAAGUUUGUGCCCGCCACUUGGGAACAGGCUCUGCUGGAGAUCUCAUCAGCUCACCAGAAACUGCAGCCACAGGCCAAUGAGUUCAAGGCUGUUUCUGGGCACUUGGUUGAUGCUGAGUCGCUCGUUGCUAUGAAGGACCUGGCCAACAAGCUUGGCUCUGAUAACCUUGCCCUCGAUCAACCUGGAGGCGGUGCCCCCAUUGCUCAUGGUAUUGAUGUUCGUUCCAACUACCUGUUCAACUCCAAGAUCUACGGAAUUGAAGAGGCAGAUGCAAUCCUUCUAGUUGCAACAAACCCUCGCCACGAAGCUGCCGUCCUCAAUGCCCGUAUCCGAAAGCAAUAUCUCAGAUCUGACUUGGAAAUUGGACUUGUCGGCGAGGAAUUUGAAAGCACUUUCGACUUCAACCACCUGGGCUCCGAUGUCUCUGCCUUGAAAACCGCUCUGUCCGGAGAAUUUGGCAAGAAGCUUGCUGCGGCUCAACGGCCAAUGAUUGUUGUCGGCAGCGCUGCUGCAGAGCACCCUGAUUCCAAGGCAAUCUUCGAAGCCGUGGGCAGUUUCGUUGAGAAGCAUGCAAGCAACUUCAUUACCCCCGAGUGGCAGGGUUACAAUGUGCUUCAGCGUGCGGCGUCUCGGGCCGGUGCCUAUGAAGUUGGCUUCACUGCACCGUCUUCCCAGGUUUCUCAGACCGUCCCUAAGAUGGUGUGGCUUUUGGGAGCAGAUGAGAUUGCCCAAAGCGAGAUCCCCAAGGAUGCAUUUGUCGUCUACCAGGGACACCAUGGUGAUCGCGGCGCUGAACUUGCCGAUGUCGUUCUCCCUGGUGCGGCAUACACUGAGAAGUCUGGUACAUACAUCAACACAGAAGGUCGUGUGCAGGUUACCCGCGCUGCCACUUCUCUCCCUGGCGCGGCUCGUGAUGACUGGAAGAUUAUUCGCGCAGCUAGUGAAUUCCUUGGUGCGCCUCUUCCUUAUGAUGAUAUCGAGGCUCUGCGCGACCGCAUGGAAGAAAUCAGCCCGGUCAUGCGUCGCUACGAUGUUGUUGAGCCCACCUCCGUCGGCUCAUUGAGCAAAGUUCAACUCGUGGACCAGAACAAGGGUUCUUCCGCUACUGGUGCACCUUUCAAAAAGGUGAUCGAAGACUUCUUCUUCACUGACGCUAUUUCUAGAAGUUCGCCCACCAUGGCCCGCGCCUCCGCUGCCAAGGCCACUGGAAACCCUGAGACUAACUUUAUGGCCGCAGGAGAAAUGUCUCCUCAGGCUUUGUAUGGCUAG